AUGUCUCGCCUCUACGCCUGGACAAUCCUUGCCUACCGCAAAAAAGGCAUGUCCGAAGAGGAUUACCACGCGUACCUCAGCACUCACCACUCCAACGUGGUCAAAAACCACCUCAUGAAAUUCGGGAUUGUCAGCUACACAAUGACCCACAACACAUCCGAGACCAAAUCGAUGGCAGCCAAGCUUCUAGAAACGAGACCCGGGGGCGAGGAAUUCAUCGCUGAUUAUGACUGCGUGGUGCAGGUUAUGUUUCAUGACGUCCAGGAUUAUCUGAAGGCCAGGGAUGAUCCGUUCUUUCAGGAGGUGAUUGUCCCUGAUCAUGCGCAUUUUGCUGAUAGCGAGAGGACGGUGUUUUUGGCUGGUUGGGUCGAGAAAUUUAUUGUUGAUGCGGCUGUUGUGUAG